AUGGAGCUUCAAGAAUCAGAUGAUAAGUACGUGGGAUCCUUUACAAGAGGCUUCAUAUUUGAACUCUGGCUAUCUUUCAGUGGUUCGGACAAAGAUAAACGUCUUCAAAUUAUGCAACAUGUGAUAGAAAUUAUACCAGAUGCUGAAAACGUGGACACCAACAAUUUGGAUAACAUCAUAAACAAGCGGUCAAAACGCAGAAGAUUAGCAGCACUAGCUGAUCUUGAUGGAUCAGCGGUCAGCGAUUUAACGAAGGCAUCAGACAACGAGACCAAAGAAAUAAACCCUGACGACGUGCUUUCCCUUCUGACAGGCGCUAAGCUCACCAAGCAUCAAUAUUUGUUACUGCCCGGAUCUCUGAAGCAAGAAGACAGCAAGAUGGCGAAAACAAGAAACAACCACAGCAAAGAAGAUGAAGAAUCGUCAGAAAAAUCUCCGGGCUCCGGGGAAACAGGCACGACAUCGGGCACCGGCGCUACAGGCACGACAUCGGGCACCGGCGCCACCGACACUACGUCAGGCACCGGCACCACGUCGGGCACCGGCACCACGUCGGGCACCGGCACCACGUCGGGCACCGGCACCACGUCGGGCACCGGCACUACGUCGGGCACCGGCGCUACGUUGGGCUCAGCGGAGACGCUGGACACAGUUGCAUCGUCGGGUACGGGCGCCAUCAGGAAGACGCGUCCCAGACCAGAAAAUCAACCCGGGCCGAGCAACGCCGUCCACCCCGCCGACACGUCGGGCAUCAAAGCAACGCCUGCGGCCAGCCUAGCCAACACGAUCGUCGAACGCAACCCCACCCAAUUGAUGCCACCACCGAGACAACCAGCGAAGCCCGCUCGGUCACACCGAUCUAAGGCCUCCAGCAAGAGACUCCUCGCGGAGUUGGAGGCCAAGGAGAGGUUGGCCGAGCUAGAGGUGAAGCGUGUACAAGCAGAAGCCAAACUAGCAAGAAUACGUCAAGAAAGAAUAGAACUGGUGUCAUCAAGAGAGGAGUCUGAAGAAGAGGAAGAGGACCUCGCGCCGCAGCGCAUCGCCGACUGGUUCAAUCGCCGACCACAACAAGCGACAGAGAUAGAAGAGGCCGUCCAUAUAGAAGAAACGCAAGAGCCCGCCGCGCGCACUACUAGACGACGCGCGCGGCCGGAUACAUACGAAGACACUCGUGCGAUGGACGUGUCGUCGCUAACCGCCGCCCUCACAGAAGCCAUUCAAGCCAGCAAGUCCUACAAGAAGUACAUACCCGACUUGCCGACCUUUAGUGGCCUGUGCACCGAGUGGCUACAAUUUAAGGCCGCGUACAACGAGUCCGCGCCCAGUUUCUCUGCAAGUGAAAACGUCGCCCGUAUAAGAAGAAGUCUGAAAGGUGUCGCCGCGGAGGCCGUCAGCGCCCUCCUAAUCAGCCAGCCACAUCCCGAGGACGUCAUCCGAGCACUAGAAAGAAGAUACGGAAGACCAGACGCUCUACUCAUCAACGAACUGGAGAAGAUUAAGGGACUGCCGCGCCUCACCGACAACCCGCGCGAUCUGUGCAUAUUCGCCAGCCGGAUCGCGAACACUGUGACGACUAUCGAAAUAUUGAAGAAACCGCAGUACCUCUACAACCCGGAGCUACUGCGGUCGAUAGUCGACAAAUUAUCGCCGAUAAUUCGCAACAAAUGGUACGACUACGCAGCUACGAGAGAAGAGACGCCCGAGCUCAAGAAAGUUGCCGACUUUUUGAACAAUGAAGCCGACAAGUGCACACCUUACGCUCCGCCUGAGAAUACGACGGAAAAUAAAGAAGUAAGAAGCGCAAGAAAGAAGCCCGAGCGAACGUACGCCGCCGCGGUCGAGACGAAUAAGAAGCCAAAAGAAGAGAAGCCAGCGUGCCCGCUAUGUGAACACGCUACGCAUCAACUGCCGUCGUGCCCGCAAUUUAUGAAGAUCGACACGAACGAGCGCUGGGAGGUGGCCAAGAAAAACAAUAUCUGCUACCGGUGCCUCGUCAGCAAACAUCGACGCUUCGCCUGCCGAGCGAAGCCUUGCGGCCAGCAAGGCUGCCCCAUGAGACAUCAUCGCCUACUACACCACGAGAAGUCGUCACCCGCGGCCGCCGCUGCAGCCGCUGCCGAGCCACCCCCACCACACAAACCUGAAGAAGUCGUGGCCUCGGCAGUGAACCAGAUCGCCUGCGCGACAGCACGUACAAGACGCGCCUACCUGAAGAUAGUACCAGUCACACUACGCGGCCCGCGGGCGGAAGCAGACACAUUCGCUCUACUCGACGAAGGCAGCACCGUGACAAUUAUCGACUCAGCGCUGGCGGACACACUCGGGCUCGACGGCCCCACCGAACCAAUGUGGGUGCAGGGAGUAGGAGGAAAAGAGAUGGAACACAAUCAGAGCAGGAGGGUCGAGGUUUACAUACGCAACAAGUACGGCGGGCAGGAGCAGCGCAUAUCAAACGCGCAUACCGUCGGCAGUCUGGGCUUCACCACACAAUCCAUAGGUGUGAGCGAGAUAGAAGGCUGCACACAUCUCAGAGGACUCAAGCACAAGUUAACUUACCGCGGCGCAACCCCACAAAUACUCAUCGGUCAAGACAACUGGGAGCUAAUCGUGUCGCGAGAAAUAAGAAGAGGACGGCGCGAUCAACUCGUCGCUUCAAGAACCCUACUAGGAUGGGUACUCCACGGCUGUCGCACCACUAGAGCGGAGCCGAUCGCGUACUGCUGUGCGCACCUCACGCGGGCCAAGUCAACUGAAGACAUAGAAGAAACAAUGAAGAAAUAUUUCGCCCUCGAGUCCCUGGCGAUCGAGCCGAGGCGACCGAGCAGCGAUCCCGAGCAACAAGCGCUUCGCAUACUAGAGGAGAAGAGCCGCCGCUUACCCGACGGCAGGUUCGAAACGGGGCUACUGUGGCGCAAUCAAGAAGAAACAAUACCUAACAAUCGCAACGACGCACUGAAGCGGCUACACACGCUCGAGAGGAAGCUGGAUCGAGACGCCAACCUGAAACAACAAUACAACGAGCGCGUCAACAACCUACUUACCUCAAGCUACGCCGAGCGCGCGACCACGCCACCUAGCGGAAGGACGUGGUACCUACCUCACUUCGCCGUCUGCAACCCAGAGAAGCCGAAGAUAAGACUGGUCCAUGAUGCUGCGGCCACCUCACACGGCCGCAGCCUCAACGACAUGCUACAUACGGGCCCAGACUUUCUGCAAUCGCUGCCCGGCGUCAUUAUGAAGUUUCGUCAACACGGCAUCGCAGUCUCAGCUGAUCUGAAAGAGAUGUUUAUGCAGAUCAAAAUACGCGAAGAGGACCGGGACGCGCUCCGCUUCCUGUGGAGGGGCGACCGCCGCGAGGGGGAGCCAGAAGAAUACCGCAUGACUUCAGUUAUAUUCGGCGCGUCGUCAUCGCCGUGCACCGCUCUAUACAUCAAAAAUAGAAACGCACGAGAACACGCAACACAGUAUCCGGAGGCUGCGCGAGCGAUAGAGCGCAACCACUACAUGGACGACUAUCUCCAGAGCUUCAACACAAUAGAAGAGGCGAGACAAGUAGCAAGAGACGUCGAUCAUGUGCACAAACAAGCCAAGUUUCAACUGCGUGGGUGGGCCACAAACGAAUAUGAAGCAAUAAGAGACGUCGUCGGCAGCGAAGAGCGAGAGGGAAACACAGUCCCUAUCGGCGGGAGCGAGAUAGAAAAAACACUCGGCCUGCUGUGGGACACGAACGAAGAUAGCAUCCGGUUUCGCCUCAACACAAGAAGAGCUCAGCCCGAAGUGAUCAAUGAUCUCCGGCCGCCGACGAAGAGAGAAGCCCUAAGCAUCAUCAUGUCAAUAUUCGACCCGCUCGGCCUAAUUUCACCUAUCACGACGCCGGCCAAACGAAUAAUGCAAGACACGUGGCAACACAACACAAGCUGGGACGAAGCUAUACCAGAAGAGCUGCGCGAGCGCUGGAGCGAGUGGCUACAACAACUGCGAGAUCUAGGUACCCUAAAAAUACCUAGAUGCUACGACGCGACGCCUGCCACCGUACGCGACCUGCACACCUUCGUCGACGCUAGUGAAGAAGCAUAUGCGGCCGCCGUAUACUGGAGGAUGACGAGGGCCGACGGGUCAGUGAAAAUAGCCCUAGCCGCCGCCAAGAGCCGCGUCACACCGAGGAAGCCUAUCUCCAUACCUAGACUGGAGCUACAAGCGGCCGUCCUAGGCGUACGGCUAGCAAGAACAGUGAUAGAAGAGCACGACUUCGAGAUCGCUUCAAAAACAUACUGGAGCGACUCUCGCACGGCGCUAGCAUGGAUACGCGCCGAGCCUCGCACAUUCAAGACGUUCGUGGCCCACAGACUCGCCGAGAUAGAAGAUCACACUAAGAAAAACGAGUGGAGAUGGAUACCGACAGCACAUAACGUAGCCGACGACGCGACCCGCGCCACCCCAGCUGACUUCGAUACGAGCCACAGAUGGUUCGUAGGCCCGUCGUUCCUGUACAAUGAAGAAUCGACUUGGCCCCGUGAGAAUAAAGUCGAAGUUCCCGUGACCGGUGAAGAAAAGGAGACGUGCGCCGCGACAGCUGCCGUGCCCCUAGAUAAGCACGCAGCUAUACCUAAGUUCGAGCGCUUCUCCAAGUGGACGCGACUACUACGAGCGACCGCGCGCGUGCUACAGUUCAUCGACCUCGUGCGCCCUCGACCCUGUGAACCCGCCCGGCCCGCGACACAACUUGUCGCGGCGGCCAGGCGCAAACGAACGCGCGCAAACGAGUCACAAGACGGAGCCUGGAAUAAGCGCGCCACUCACACACGCGUGCCAGCCAAGAUCGCCGCCACAUCGCCGCCAGAGGAAAAAAAGUACUUAGUGUUGGAAGCCAAAUACCUAAGUGCCGCCGAGAAGCUGUUAAUACGCGCCUCACAAGAAGAUAGCUACGAGAAAGAGAGAGGGCGCAUAGCGAGCGGCCGCGCGCCAGACAAGGACGACCGACUAGCCAAGCUGAGCGUAUAUAUGGACGAAGACAACAUUAUACGUCUACGGGGCAGAAUAGCGGCCGGCGACUUACAAGAAGAGACAGUGCGACCUAUAGUGCUACACGGGAAACAUCACUAUACAAAGUUAUAUGUUUCACACGUCCACGAACAGUUACAUCACGGCGGCACCGAAAUAGUGGUCAACGAUCUACGACAGCGCGUGCACAUAGUGAAGAUAAGGCCGACAGUGAAACAAGUGAUCGCCCAGUGCCCACGGUGUCGACUGCGUCGUGCGAAGCCCGCGGCGCCAUCUACGGGUGACCUGCCAGCGGCGCGCCUAGCACACCACGUUAGGCCCUUCACCUACACAGGCCUAGACUACUACGGGCCGCAAGAAGUCACAGUGGGCCGCCAUAGAGAGAAGAGGUACGUCGCGCUGUUCACCUGUAUGACGUCGAGGGCCGUACACCUGGAGAUGGUCGUCUCGCUUAGCACUGACUCCGCCAUCAACGCACUGCGCCGCUUUAUUGCUCGGCGCGGGUGCCCUACAGAGCUGUGGAGCGACAACGGCACCGCCUUCAGAGGUGCCCACCGAGAGCUGGCGGAAGCGAUGAGAGACGCCGCCCACGCACGCCGCAUCAACUGGCGCUUUCUCCCCCCCGCCGCCCCAUUCAUGGCGGGCGUGUGGGAACGUAUGGUGCGCACCGUCAAGGAAGCAAUGAAGGCUACGCUGCACGAGAAGUACCCGAGCGACGAGACCCUACAGACCCUACUGGCGGAGGCGGAAGCGACCGUCAACUCAAGACCGCUGACCUACGUGGCCGUGAACCCGGAGGACCCGCCGGCCCUGACCCCGAACAUGAUCCUGUUAGGGCCGGACUGCUACUCACCUGCACCCGGCACCUUCGAGGAGAGCGACACCAACGCGCGACAACACUGGAAGCGCGCCCAGCAGCUCGCCGACACCUUCUGGCAGCGCUGGGUCCGCGAGUACGCGCCGCUACUCCAACACCGGCGGGAGCCCUACGACGAGGGAGUCGCCCCGGCCGUCGGAGACGUCGUGAUCAUCUGCGACUCCAACCUCCCCCGCAACACAUGGCCGCGUGGGAUAGUGACGCAGACGUACCCAGGCAAGGAUGGCGUGGUUCGAGUCGUGGACGUCUCUACGAGCAAGGGACACGUGCUGAGGAGGCCGACCAAGAAGAUCGUCGUGCUACCAGUAGGUUCGCGAAGCGACGGCGGGAGAAAUGUACACGACGCGCGUCCCAGUCAUCAAAUGUAA